CCAUCUCUUUUCACUAUGUGUACUGGAAAAUGUGCAAAAUUUAUUGGGAUUGCCUUGUUCCCUUUGUGUGUCAUCUCCAUCGUCGGCAAUGUGAUCCUGUUCUUUCCAGGGUGGGAGACUGAACCAAUAAGGAACCCCGGAAAAUACAUGACUCCAGAGGUUAUUUAUCUUGGAGGGAUUAUUGGAGGAGGUUUAAUGGUGCUCGUUCCAGCAAUCCAUAUUCAAGCCACUGGUCGAGAGGGCUGCUGCAACAACCGAUGUGGGAUGUUCCUGUCAAUCAUCUUUGCCGCUAUUGGAGUUGCUGGAUCUCUGUAUGCUUUCGUGAUAUCCGUGGUGGGCAUGGUAAAAGGACCUCAGUGCCAAUAUGUUUCGCUCAUAAGUGGGAUCCUCUGGGGAAGACCAUUUGACUCGGAGCUUGAAGAUUUCAACAUUGAGGAAAACUACCUGUUCCAUCAAGAACUGUGGAAUAAAUGCAUUUUUCCCAAAGAUGUGGUGCUGUUCAACAUCGUCCUCUUCUCAAUAGUCAUUGUCUCAAGUGGGAUCUCGCUGAUCCUGUGCACUGUCCAGGUGAUCAAUGGCCUGUUUGGAUGCCUCUGUGGAACCUGCCGAAAGAACGAGGCCUAA